CUGCGAGGACGCGGAGCGAGGCGGAAGCGGCGAGCGGUGCAGAGGGAACCCCGGCUGGCGGGUCACUCUGCUCUGGGGGGUCGUGGAAGGGCAGCCCCUCGCUAUGCUCACCAAGCGUGUCGUUUCCCAGGAAGAAGAACAUGUAGAUUUGGUUGAGGAAACUUCUCAUCUCUUUAACAGUAGUCUCCUCUUGAUCUUCCCAGACAACGACAAGUCCCCACACCCACACACCUCCCCGGGGCUGGACAGCCAGGAGCCAAUGGCCAGCGACAAGGCCAAACCCUGUGAGCUCAACCAAGACAAAUACGAUGCUGACGACAACGUGAAGAUCAUCUGCCUAGGGGACAGCGCUGUGGGCAAGUCCAAACUCAUGGAGAGGUUUCUCAUGGAUGGAUUUCAGCCACAGCAGCUGUCCACGUACGCCCUGACCCUGUACAAGCACACAGCCACAGUGGAUGGCAAGACAGUCCUUGUGGACUUUUGGGACACGGCAGGCCAGGAGCGGUUCCAGAGUAUGCACGCCUCCUACUACCACAAGGCCCACGCCUGCAUCAUGGUGUUCGACGUGCAGAGGAAAGUAACCUACAAGAACCUGAGCACUUGGUACACAGAGCUUCGGGAGUUCAGGCCAGAGAUCCCAUGCAUCGUGGUGGCCAAUAAAAUUGAUGCAGACGUAAAGAUGACCCAAAAGAGCUUCAAUUUUGCCAGGAAGUUCUCUCUUCCCCUGUACUUUGUCUCCGCUGCUGAUGGUACCAAUGUCGUGAAGCUCUUCAAUGACGCGAUUCGAUUAGCUGUGUCUUACAAACACAACUCCCAGGACUUCAUGGACGAGGUUUUGCAGGAGCUUGAGAACUUUGAUUUGGAGCAGAAGGAGGAGGACGUGCCAGACCAAGCGCAGCGUGGCAACACUCAGAGCCCCUCCCCUUCCUGAGUCAAAGACGAAAGCCUCGCUCCUCGUGGACUUUGGUCUGGAUUUCACUGAACAAAAAGCCCCAGGAGAGCCACGAUCAUCAGCUAGACGAAUGAGGGCCCCUGCCUCCACCUGCCGUGUGGGGAGCCCGGUCAGCUCUGCCCUCACGGAGACCACUGCAGUGGGUUUGGGUUUUGGUUUUUAAGAUUUUCUCAGAGAGAGAGCAUAAAUGGGGGAGAGGGAGGAGCAGGCCCCCCUCUGAGCAAGAUCAGGGCAUGGAUGCUGAGAUCAUGACCUGAGCCAAAGGCAGACACCACCAACUGAGCCACCCAGGUGCCCUGGACUUUAGAGUCUGAAAAAGAACAAGUAUUUGGGAAGAAGAAGAAAUAAGAACAAAGUUUAUCUGCCUUUAAAUUGCUAAUACAAUUUCAACUGAAAAUAUUUACUUGACCCAGGAUUUUGAGGAAUGUGCUAUCCUGGUGAGGUGGGCUUUUAAAAACCACCAAAAAAAUGGGCACCUGGGUGGCUCAGUGGGUUAAAGCCUCUGCCUUCGGCUCCAGUCCUGGUCCCAGGGUCCUGGGAUCGAGCCCCACAUCGGGCUCUCUGCUCGGCAGGGAGCCUGCUUCCUCCUCUCUCUCUCUCUGCCUGCCUCUCUGCCUACUUGUGAUCUCUGUCUGUCAAAUAAAUAAAUAAGAUCUUUAUAAAAAGUACCAAAAAAAAAAAAAAAAGCACUUUGGUGUUGUAAAUGACCAAUAAGUAUUAUUUUGACAUAAUGCCUUUAUCAAGAUUUCCUUCAAAUACCAUUUCCCAUCAGUAUUAGUUUUACAUAACCAUUUUGCAUCAGGUUCCCUCUGAGAGGGGAGCAGGAGAGGGCAGGAGGCCAGAACGCAGCAAGGGUGCGGUCUCCCCGCCCCCAGGAAGCUCUGGAGGGCAAACUGCCCCACGGAAUUGGUCCCACUUGGGAUCAGGGGGUCUUUGCGUGGUAGUCAGCCACAUGUGGGAGGAGGAGGAGGGGGAGGUGAUGGCGCCUAGCCUCCAUGGCCAAGGGGCUUCCGCCCCCUGGCAACUUAGCAAGGGCAGCUCUCCGGGAACAAGGGCUGGUGGAACCCUCAAUUCUCACAGCAGCCAGGGGAGGACUGCCUAGGCAGGGCGCCAGGAGCGGCUGUGGCCACCCACCCUCUCAUGCUCAGAUCACCUGCUCCUGGGAGUUCGCUCCAUCCUAAGACAGGGAACGCCACGCCUGGGUCUUUUUUUAAGUAUUUUAUUGAGGUGAGACUUACAUAACAUAAAAUUAACCAUUUUAAAGUAAACGACGCAGUCCCAUUUAGUACAGUUACAGUGCUAUUCAACUCUCACCUCUCUCUAGUUCUAGAUUAUUUCCGUCACUCAGAAGUAAAACCCCUUGCUCAUCAAGCAGCUUCUUACCCAGUACCCUCUCCCUUCAGGUCCUGGCAGACUCUCAUUGGCUUUCUGUCUCGGUUUGUACGUCCUGGAUAUUUCACAUCAGUGGGACCCUACACUGUGACCUGUGUGUCUGGCUUCUUUCACUUGGCACCAUGCUUCCAAGAUUCAUCCACAUUUUAAAUAGUUCAUUCCUUUUUAGGACUGAACACGUCCCAUUUUAUAUACAUCCCACAGUUGGCUUACCCAUUCGCUCGUUGGUGGACAUUUGGGCUGUUUCCACCCUUCAACUGCAUGAAUGUUGCCGCUACCACCAGGCUUGAGUACGGGCUCACAGCGGAGACCUCAGUGUUCUGAUCUGGCUGUCCGAGUCUGCUCGGGCCGCCAUCACCAAUCACCACUGACUGACAUUUAUUUCUCUCAGUUCUGGAGCCUGGGAGCUCCUAGAUCAGGGUGCCAGCAGGGUUGGUUCCAUUCUGAAGCCACUUUUCUUGGCUUCUCGGCAGCUGCCAUCUCACUGAGUGCGCACAUGGCAGAGAUCGCUUUCUCUUCCCCUCCUCAAACAACCACACAUCCUUUGACACAAAGGUUGGGCCCCAGCCCUAGGACCUCAUUUAACAUGAAUUACUCCUCUCAAUGCUUGGACUCCAAAUACAGUCACAUUGAAGGUUAGGACUUCAACAUAUGAGUUCUGGAGGGCCAUAAUUCAGGCCAUGGUACAGUGUAUAUCUAGGAGUGGUCCUACAGGGUCAUACGCUAAUUACAUUUAACCACAAUUAAACUUUUGAGGAACUUCCUGUCUUUUCCAAAGUGGAACCAUUUACAGUCCUACAAACAAUGCACAAAGGUUCCAAUUUACCCACUCCCCAGCUAGCCCAUGUUGUUUUCUACUUUAAAGACAAAUCGAACCCAUUUCUAGUGGCUGUGAAAUGGUACCUCAUUGUGGUUUUGAUUUGCAUUGCCCUAAUGCCAUGAUGUUGAGCCUCUCUUCAUAUGCUUGUUAGCCAUUUGUAAAUUUUCUUUGGAAAAAUACCUGUUCAAGUACUUUGCCUAUUUUUAAAUUGGAUUAUCUUUUUUGUUGUUGAGUUAUAAGAGUUUUUUAUAUUUUCUGGACCUAAAUGCUCAUCAGAUUUAUGAUUUACAGCUAUUUUCUCCCAUUCUAUAGCUUGCCUUUAAACUUUGUGAAUAAUAUCUUUGAUGCACAAAAGUCUUUUAAUUUCUAAGAACUCCAGUUUGUCCUUUUUUUCAUUUGUUGCUCAUGUUCUUGGUGUCAUUUCUAGAAUCCAUUGCCAAAUCCAAGGUCAUGAAGACUUAACCUUUAUGUUCUUUUCUAAGAGUUUUAUGGCUCCAGCUCUUACAUUUAGGUCAUUGAUCCAUUCUGAGUUAUUUUUUGUCCAUGGCAUGAGGCAAAAGUACACACCUGUGCUUGUGGACAUCCAGUUGUCCUGGCAGCAUUUGUUGCAAAGACUGUUUCUCUCUGAAUGGUUUUGCCACCUUGGUCCCAGUUGUAUGAGUUUAUUUCUGGACUCUCAAUUCUAUUCUGUGGUCUAGAUGUGUAACUUCACAGUGCAGUUUUGAAAGUCCUUCAACUUUGUUCUUUUUAAAGAUCAUUUUGACAUCUUAACAAUAUUAAGUCUUCCAAUCCACGAACCUGGGAUGUCUCUCCCUUUGUUGGAGUCUCUAAUUUGUUCCAACAGUGUUUGUAGUUUUCACGUACAAAUCUUUCACCUCCUGGUCAAGUUUAUUUCCCGGUAUUCUGCGGAUGCUAUUUCCUUUUUUUAUUGCUCAUCGCUGCUUAUAGAAACACAGCUCACUUUUGUGUGUUGAUGUUGUACCCUGAAACUGCUGAAUUCUUUUAACUCUAGUUUUCUGUGGAUUCUUGUGCACUUUCUAUAAAUAGAAUCAUACAUGCCUACAGAAAAAGUUUUCAUUUAUUCCUUUACAAUUUGGAAGCUUUUUGUUUCCUUUUCUUGCCUAAUUGCUCUAACUGGAGCUCCCAGUACUGUGUUGAAUAAAAGUGGAAAAAGCAGGCGCCUUUGCCUUGAUCCUAUCUUAGGGGGAAGGUUUUCAGUUCUUUACUGUUGAGUACGGUUUAGCUGUGGGAUUUUUCAUGCCUUUAUCAGGUAUCAUUUCAUCUACAUCAUAUAAUUUGAGAGGUAUCUACUUGUUUAUAGUAUUUUCUUAUGUUUCUUUUUCUUUCUGUAUAAUUAGUAGUACUGUUACUUCUAAUUUUUUAUUUUAACUAUUUUCACCUUUUUUCUUUGUCAUUAUAGCUAAAAGUUUGUCAUUUUUGUUGAUCUAUUUAAAGAACCAGCUUGUGGUAUAAUUAUUCCCUCUCUAUUGCUUUUCUGCUCUCUAUUUCACUUAUCUCUGAUGCUUAUUCUUUCCUUUCGUCGGCCCUUCUUUUUCCACUUCCAUAAAGUGUAAAGGUAGGUUAUUCAUUUGAAAUCUUUCUUCUUUUUUAACAUAGACAUUUAUCACUAUAAACUUCCCUCUGCAUAUUGCCUUUGCUGCAUGCCAUAAAUUUUUGCAUGUUGUGUUUUCAUUUUCAUUUGUCUCUAAGUAUUUUCUAUAUACCCUUGUGAUUUCUUCUGUGAUCCAUUAAGCUUGUUUAAGAGCAUUUCUUUAAUUUCCACAUAAUUGUCACUUUUCCAGUUUUUCUUUUGUUGUUGAUGUUUGCUUCACCCAUUGUGGUUGGAAAAGAUACUUUGUAUGAUUUCAGUCUUUUUAAAGUUAUUGAGAAUUGUUCAUGGCCUAAAACAUAGUAUGUCCUAUGGAAUGUUCCAUAUGGGUUUGAGAAGAAUGUGUAUUCUGCUCUUGGGGAGAGUGUGCUGUGUAUGUCUGUUAUAGGUCAUUGAUUAACAGUGUUGUUAAAAGUCCUGGAUGUCUUCGUGGACUUUCUGUCUAGGUGUUCCAUACACUGUUGACAACGGAGUGCUGAUGGCUCUGAAUAGUACUGUAGCACUGCUUCAGUAUGUUAAUGUCUGCCUCAAAUAUUUGGGGGCUCUGUUGUUUGGUGCACAUGGGCAUAUGUGUUUUUAGAGUAUGUCUGUCUGUGUUUUACCCUUCAUCUUCUGAUCGUCUUCUGGAUGAAUUGCCCCUUCUUUGCCUCUUCCAGCCACCUGGACUUCUGGUCCCUCUUGUCUGAUACGGGGACGGCCACACCACGUCUCUGCGGGCUACUGUCUGGAUGGAGGAGCUUUUCCACCCUCUCCCUGUAGCCCUCUCUGUGUCACUGGGUCUCCAGCUCCUGUAGACAGGAUGCAGCUGGAUCUUGUCUCAAACCAUUCUGCCAAGCUCUGCCUUGAACUGGAGACAUCCGCUCAUUUACAUGAGAAGUAACUGACUCCCUUCAGUCGUUUCCUCUGUGUUUUCUGUAUGUCUUCAUCUUCUCUGCACUGACUCCAGACCUAUUUCCCACCUUGGAAACAUUUGGACGAAUCAAAAUGUGCUGCUGUCG